CAAAAAUACUAUGAUUGUUCAUAGAAGGGAGCUUCCCGUAACAGUGCAACCUGUAUUAUAUGAGUAGGAAGAGAUCAAAAAAUGUCGUCCAGUGGCACUCUCGGUAACUGCUAUGUGGACGCUGUGAUCGGUCCGGAGCCCGAGGAUGUUUACGCAACUCGCCUCAUGCAGGCUCCGCACGCCAUGACCCCGAGGCCAUCAGCUGCCGGCGACAACGCAGACUUCUCCUCGUGCAAUUUCGCACCAAAGUCCGCCGUUUUCUCGUCCUCCUGGUCCUCGGUUCACUCUCAGGGGAUAUACCACCCGUACGUCCACCACCACCACCACCACCACCAGGCGCAUCUGCCCGCGUCGGACGGCAGAUAUGUCGGCUUGCGCUCAUGGAUGGAGCCCAUCUCGAACCACGUUUCCUUCGCCGGGUUCCACCCCGGCACCGGCCGGCCGUACGGGGCCAAGCCGGAGGUGCUGCCCUCCAAAGCGGCGGAGCAGAGCCCGCUGGAGGCGGAGGAGCGACCGCCGGCGGGGGACUUCGCCUACGCCGGAUCGGAGUGUCCGGAGAAGGAGAGCAAGGAGCUCGGUGGCAGCAAGGUUUCGACGCACGGCGAACCCAAAGACGAGAAGCAACAACAACUUGACCCGAACAACCCUGCAGCAAACUGGAUCCACGCACGCUCAACGAGAAAGAAGCGGUGUCCCUAUACAAAAUAUCAGACUCUGGAGCUGGAGAAGGAGUUUCUCUACAACAUGUAUCUGACAAGAGACCGGCGCUACGAGGUCGCCCGCAUUCUCAGUUUAACGGAGAGACAAGUGAAGAUCUGGUUUCAGAACAGGAGGAUGAAGAUGAAAAAGAUGAACAGAGAGAGGAGUGGCAAGGAGUAGCCAUAAGCCCCCUGCUAUAUAGUCAUUUCACACAUUUUCAUGUUUUGGUCCAAGGAAACCCAUCCGAACACUGAUACUUUGGGAGCAUCUGCGCCCAUAUUCAGCAUUUAAAUCUCCGGCAGUGUCUCCGCCACAUAUGUGUCGCACAUGGAAGGAUUUCUUUUGCUGAUGCAGACUGUAUCUGUAAAUUCAUACUUCAAGCCCAGAACAAAUAGUAUUUCUCUUUUUUUUCCAGCAACCCGGGAUGUUCAUGCAACAAGACACGUUUCAGUUGUGUUUCGCUUUUUAGUUUUGCAGAACUUGGAGUCACAUAUUUUCAUAGCAGAUAUUUUGCAGCGUGUGCUGAACUUGUGAGACGCGCAUUAACAAUUUAUGUUCAAACUUACAUAGCAAACUGAGAGAAUGCUGUAUUUUGGGAGGAAAAUAACUUUGAACUGUAUGAAGAGUUUUCAGAUUUAGUCAACAAUUUCAAGACUAUUGAAUUGCGUUUUAAUUCUGAUGGAAGAUGGACAAAAUACCUGAGACAUCGUUGACUGUUUACAAAAAGGUUGUAAGGCGACUGCACAGUGUCAUGAGGGGGGACUAAAAUAGCAUUUUAAAUCCUAGAUUGUUUUAAUGUAUGUUUAAAUUCCCUUUUUAAACGGUGAAUUUGUAGCCUUUACAAGUAAUAAAUUCUUUAUGAUCGAGAGAAAUGUU